AUGAGCUGCAUCACGGGAUGCUUGCAGGAGGGAGUAAGACCGACACUGAAGGGCCUCCGCUCCAUGUGCUACCUGCUGAAGGAGGAAGACGAGUUUCCUUAUGACGUCUUCAUGUCUGAAGUUCCAAUCUUCCUCCUGGUGCAGAGGACAGAAGGUUUCUGCCUACGAGAGGCUGCGGACUCGGAAACCGAGUUCCUGCUGAUCCACCCUCCACCCUGGGUCAAGAAGUACGACAACGAGUGCUGUGAGUGCAGCUUCACUGACCUUCUCAACGCAUGUCUGGUUGCCCUUCCUGUGCGUUGCCCCAAAGGCGGGGACUGGCGUGUGGGGCUAGCAGGUGCUCUUCGCGCCAAGCUGGUCAAGAAACCGCGCCUGUGUGAGAUCGUGGUAGCGGUGCAAGAGCUGUUGGAUUCAGAGCGGGCCGCCGUGAUCCCUGGCGGGCGGUGGAAUUGGGCGUUGGUGAAAGCGGGAAAGCAGCCCUCUGCCAUACCUGUCGCCGCUGAAGAAAGAGAUCCGAGCGAUGCACGAAGCUUUCCAGCUGGCGCAGUCCCAGGCGACGCAAGCGGAAAGAAGCGGAAGAGAGGAGGCAAGUCGAAGCGGUCAAAGACCAAACCUACACAUCUCAAGUUGCCUUUCCAGUGA